UCAGGCUUCUUUAUAUAAAAAGAUAGACUUCUUUCUUUCUUUCCACAAGUCAUCACAACCAAAUUCCAGUAAUAGCUCUCGCAAAGAACUCAAGAACAUUCAACAUCAUUCCUCUUCGGCUAUUCUUCAAUUAUCAUCAAUCAUGAUCUCCGUCGUUAUCAUGGCUGAGCUACUGAUUGAGUACACGACAGCUCUAGCUAAACUCACCGUCGGGAUUCUUCCGAGGCGACAAGGCGACGGAAACUUUAUACGGAUAGGCAACUUCUCCUUGUACUGUCCUCCUAGAUCGUCGCCAGUUCCAGACUUCUCUGCGCAUCUUGUCGAUUUCUAAUUACGUGACGAGUGUCCAUCCUUUUUCUUUUUCUUUUCUUUCUCUUAUUCUUUAGUGAUCGAGUAUAUGAGUAGCAGCUGAAGCUUCUUUUUUUCUUCCCUUUUCCAUAUUGAAUAGAUCAAUAGAGAUAUGUUAGCGUAAUUACAAUGAUAUAAUACGUUUCUGUGUUUCUUUGA